AUGAGAGACAAUGACACCGGUUCCCUACAAUCAAAUCUACCAAAUAAUACUAACAACAUCCACAAUAUUAACAAUAAUAGUGCAAGUAUACAGUAUGCAACUACAAACCUUCGUAGACCCAAGUUAGUUGCAUCAAGAACCGAAACUAGUAUUCCACAUCAAAGAGCUUCAAAAUCAUUACUAGCCGCAUCAAGUAAACUAUUAAGACCUAUAAAAACUGGGAAUAACCAUAGUAAUAACCAUGACGCUAUUACCAACAAUAUUAAAGAGAUCAAAGCUGCGUCAACUAGUAAUUUAAUGAAAUUAGGUAGAUCUGAAUUAACUAGAGGGUUCAGAGACAUAGCUGUUCCAAUUGAAGAUCCAAUAGAUUUUAAUCCUAACUUAUUUAAUAUAUCAAAUAAUUCUUCAUCAAAUAGCUUCACAAAUCAAAACCACAGUACCAAUAGUAGUUAUAUUAAUAUACUGGUCAAUCCCAAUUCUGUUAACACAUAUACAUAUGGAAGUAACAUAGAUCUUUCAAUGAAACAUAAUAGUGAUAUUUCAGAUAAUGGAAAUGAUACGUUUGUUAAUAAUAACUGUCAAGACAGCAAUAAUAAUUUCAGUAGUAUUAAAAAUAACGAUUUUAAUCAAGUGAAUCGAUCAACUGCGUAUGUUGAUGCAGAAUCUUUACUUGUUGAUGUAUUACCAUCCUUCGAAAUGUAUAAUGCAUUACAUAGACAUAUACCACAGGGAAAUGUUGAUCCUGAUAGACAUGAUUUUCCACCAACUUAUCAUGAACAAGAGGAAAAUGUACAACCAAAUCAUCUACAUAUCGGUGCAGAAACACCAUUCACUGAUAAUUUACAAUCUUUGAAUACAGUACGAUACACAAUUUCCAAUGAUUCACCAUUUCAAGAUGAUUUGAACGAUUCUGAUAACAUAAAUAUAGAAAAACUGUAUUCUUUACCUAAACUGACCACAUCCCCAAUUGAUAUCGAUAUUAGAAUUACCAAAAAUGCAGCAAAACCACAUACUGCCAAAUAUGAGGAACAGUCAAUGUUAAAAGAGUACACGAAUGGUGAUAUUAUACACGGAUAUUGCAUUAUUAGCAACCAUUCCUCACAUAAAAUCAAAUACGAAAUGUUUUAUGUUACUUUAGAAGGGUACAUAUCGUUAAUUGAUAGAAAUGAGGGGAAACGUACUGUUAAAAGAUUUUUAAGAAUGGUAGAUCUAAGUGCAUCUUGGUCAUACACAGAUAUUGAUGUCAGUUCAGGUAUCAAUUAUACUCCAGGUGAACGGGAUUUAUAUGAUGGGACACAUAUUGGUUUAACUAACAAUAGAACUUUAGAACCACAUACAAAAUAUAAAAAAUUUUUUAUGUUUAAAUUACCACAACAGUUAUUAGAUGUCACUUGUAAACAUGAACACUAUUCACACUGUUUACUACCACCAAGCUUUGGUAUUGAUAAAUUUAAAAAUCAUUUCAAAUAUUCUGGUAUUAAAAUAAAUAGUGUGUUAGGUUGCGGUCACAUGGGGAUUAAGGGAUCUCCAAUUUUGACCAACGAUCUUUCUAAUGAUGAUAUGUCUAUUAAUUACACAAUUGAUGCAAGAAUAGUUGGUAAGGAUAUGAAGACUCAAAAAUUGAAUUUAUUGAAGGAAAAAGAAUUCAAUUUAAGAAUAAUACCAUUUGGAUUUACAGCAACGUAUGCAUCAAAUAACAAUGAUAAUUCUGAUAAUAUGAGAAUCCAGAGACAAUUAAAGGAUUUACAAAAAUUGAUUGAGGAAAGAUUAUCUGCGUUGGAAAAAAUUUUCAAAAAGUUAGGAUUGAAUGAACCCAUCACAAAUUCUGAUGUCCAUGGAACUGAUGUAAGUGGUACUUUUGACAUGAAUACAGAAUUAGAUUCACAAGAAAUUUUAAGAAGAAAGUUAGAUCAACUUCAUGUAAAUAAUCGACUUGACGAUAACAACUAUGAUCUUUCGAGGAUUAAAAAUAUGUCACCAAAGGCAAACACUGUAGAAGCAGAAAUAAGUUACAGAUAUAAGAGUAGAAAUGGGAAACAUUUGUCUACUGUAAAACCAUCAAUAUCUCCUAAAAAUUCAUCCAACUCCAUAUCUACUUUAUCAAAAUCUAAAUCCAAGAGUAGGACAAGCACACCUCAUAUUGCUAAUGGAUUCUUUUCUACCUUAUUAGGGUCCUCUUCCACUUCCAGCUCAUUGAGUUCUUCAUACACACCUUCCACAUCAUCAUUGUCUUUAGGUUUAUCAACAUCGACAAAAAAAUCGUCCAUUGAUAUUCAACGUUCCAAAGGAAAAAAUUACCAAUCUAACACCAGUAAUAAUAAUGAUAACAACAACAACGACAAUAGAUUAAUGGUACAUGAUACGGUGACAAAUGAACACUCUAAACAUUCUAAAUCGGCAAACGAUACUAUAAUAUUAUCUACUAAGGAUAAAUUUUCUUCCUCAACUAAGCAGAAACAUAUUAUAUCUACCAAUCAUUCAAAGGAAAAUGCAGGGCUGAUAGUGUUGACUGCCAGCAUCCCUAAACAGGCGUUGCCAUAUACGGCACCAUCAUUAUUAAGGAAGUCUAAUAAAUUUGAAUUGAAAAAUAAACAUGAUCAAGAGAAUUGGAUCAGACUAAUGGAGCUUGUGCUGGAGGAGGAAAAGACACCGUUAAAGGAAAUACCGAUCAAAUUAACGUGCAUAUUAUCAAACAACAGUUUACCACAUGAGCCACCAAGGGUACAGUCAAUUUCUACUCAACUGAUUGUAAUAACUGGGGUUUCGCAUAAUUCGAUAUCUAUUAAAUUAAACACUAAAAUUUUAAUGAAUAAAGAAAAAUGUGAUGAUAUUAAAGCACUUUUUAAGAGCUAUAGAGACAAGAUAAUCAAAUACAAGAGUAAAUUUAAUGAAAACGUUGAUAAAUUAAAUGAAUUAUUUAAUAUUGGUAGAACUGUCACGACAGCAAGAGAAUUACAGUUUAAAGAUUUCAUCAGCCCCUUAAUGUUAUCAGAUAUCGAUAGUAUAAUCAACCUUGAGAUUCAAAGGGUGGAAAUCAAUGAUAUUUUCAAAAAACAAAUAAUUGAUCCAAAUAAUCCUGAAUUAGAAUGGAGAACUAAAGAAGAUAGUAGUAAUACAGAAUUUGAAUCUAUUCUUAAAGUUAAUUUAGAUUUCAAUCAAAAUGUCAGUGAAACGAUCAUUCCAAAUUUCGAGACAUGCCUAUGUUGCAGGUUUUAUUGUAUUAGGGUUCAUGUCAAAUUUGAUAAUCAUAUUGGAGCCACGCAUAUUGAUAUCCCAGUUAAUGUAAAAAAAUUUAAUCUUUAG